AUGAAACAUUCAACAGAUGAUGGUGUUUUGCAAACAAAUAUUUUACAAGCAUUACAAAAAAAUAAAAUUAUUCAAAAUAAAUUAACUGAAUGUCAACAUUUAUAUUAUAUUCAAUUAGUAAAAGAUCUACAAAUUUAUAAUUUAAAAGAAAAAUAUAAUCGAGAAUUAUUAUAUACAUGGAAAAAAGAAUCUUAUAUACGACAAAUAAAAAAAGAUUUACAAGAAUAUGAACGUCAACGUUUUGGAAUGAGAGAUGAUUAUUAUGAAAAUCAACUUAGAAAUUUAGAUAAUGUCAUCGCUGGUGAACAAACUCUUGUUAUACCACCAAGUGAAGAAAAACGUCGUUUAGAUAUAAAUGCAAAAUAUCAUCAAUUUCUUCUAAAAAAUCCUCUUCAAAAUUCACCAUCAACGCGUCUUAAUAAAUCAGCAAAUAUUUCUUUUCAACAAAAUAGAAAUAAUAACAAUGAAGAAGAAGAAGAACAAGAAGCUAUUCAUACUUUAGAAAAAACUUGGGAACAUAUUCAUGCACAAUCUGCUAGAGUGUCAAGACAAAAACAAAAUACUACUUUACCUACAAUUCAUUGUUCAUUAACAAUGAAUGAAAUUCGAAAAAAUAGAGCUUCAGCAAAAAGUCAUAUUCCAUCAAUAUCAGAUAAUUUAUCAAAUAUACGUGUUACACAAUCUUUUGAUUUACUUAAUACACCAUCCCAUGAGAAACUUCAACAAUCACCACGAUCACCUGCUAAAUUAGCACCCAAUCAUUCGGGGUUAUCUGAUAGUAUUGAACCUCUACUUAUUACCAGUGAAACAUUAGACAAUUAUGCUCAUGCUGAUCUUAUUUCAAUGCGUAGUGUACGUCGACCAAGAAAAGAUCCUUCGGAUUUAAAUUUGUUAUUUGAAACACGUAAACGAAUUUAUGAAAUAAAUAGACGUGCUUUAGAUUAUGAAUUAAAUCAAAAAAAACGUGGAUUACGAAAACCUAUUCAAUUUGAUCGACUAAAACAAAUAGAUACAAUUCAUCAUAAAGAAAAUUCACUUGUUAAUAUGAAUGAAAAUAUUGAAGAAUCUUUUGACGAUAAACAUUAA